GACAACGCGUUGUCGCCCCAUGGCGGGGUGCUUAUCGAACGGGUCGCGUCGCCCGAAGAGGCCAGGCUGCUGUGUGCGGGGUUGCCUAAGCUGGCCGUCCGCGAGCAAGUGGCCAGAGAAUGCGUUAAUUUCGCUUACGGCUUUUUCUCCCCUUUGAAGGGUUUCAUGGGGCGGGCGGACGUGGACUCGGUAGUGCGGCACAUGACGCUGGCCAACGGAUACGUCUGGAGCAUCCCCAUGGUGCUGGAUGUGUCGGAAGAGGAAUUGUCAUCCUUGGGUGUCAGAGAGGGCGCAUCGGUCCUGCUGACUCACCAGGACCAACCACUGGCGGUGCUGGAGGUUGAGGAAAUCUUCUCUUACGACAAGGAGUUCCUGGCGCAACACGUUUACGGCACCACCGACGAAGCCCAUCCGGGCGUGCUGCGCACCUACUCCUUUCAGGACCGAUUCGUCGCCGGCCCCAUCACUUUGGUCAAUCCUCCCGUGAUAAACCCGCCCUACGACAGGUUCUGGCGCACGCCCCGUCAGUUGCGGGAACGUUUUGCUGAACUGGGCUGGACCAAGGUUGUCGCCCACCAGACCCGCAACGUGCCUCACUCCGGUCACGAGUGGAUGAUGAAGGGCGCUUACUUGGCGGCAGAAGCGCAGGGAAUCCUCGUCAGCGCGGUUAUCGGAGAAAAGAAACCGGGCGACUACAUCGACGAGGCCAUAGUCCUGGGUCACGACAAGUUAAGAGAGAGCGGUUUCAUACGGCCCGAUGUACACCAGACGUCCACGUUGAUGUGGGACAUGAGGUACGCGGGGCCCAGAGAGGCGGUGUUCCACGCAUUGGUGCGGAAGAAUAUGGGCUGCACCCACCACAUGUUCGGGCGCGACCACGCCGGGGUUGGGAACUACUACGGCACCUACGCCGCCCACGAGAUUUUCGACCAGUUGCCCGACUUGGGCAUCAAGUCGGUGUUGACGCUGGAAUGGUGGUACUGCCCGGUGUGCGAAAGCGUGGCUUACGAGGGGCUUUGCGGCCAUCGUGAACACAAGCAGGACCUCUCAGGCACCUUUAUCAGAAGCAUUAUCCAGGGGGGAACGGAGCCGGCUUCAGUAAGCCUGCGAGGGGAAGUCCUGGAGGUGGUGCGGGAAUGCGCCGAUACUUAUGGGUUCGGCUCGCCGUUCGUGACCGAGGCCUACCUGGAAAACCGUACGCCAGUCAUGUCCAUCCCGGCGUUGAAUUAG